CGGGUAAGUCGCGGGAUGAUGUUUGGCUUGCGGCGAGCGAACCGGGGAAUAUGCCCGGCCGAGUCGGGAGAGGGCACAGACAUGCAUUGGAACUUCUGCCAGCUGGAAGACUAUUUGAGCAGCAUGGCCAACUUCCUGUAAGCCCAGGGCCUGGCCUUAGGAGAUGUGGCUGCCCUCUUCGUGGAGAACAGUGGGCGACUGUGGCUUCAACAGCUGCAUCCUGACCUUCGUGUACCCCAUCUGGCUGGUGCAUGUCAAUGAGGACACCUUGGAGCUGAUCUGGAGGCCUGGUGGUGUCUGCGUUCCCUGCCAACCAGGUGAGCCAGGCCAGCUGGUGGGCCACAUCCUCCGGCAGGACCCCCUGCGCCGCUUCGACAGCUACUUCAACCAAGGUGACAGUAACAAGAAGAUCACCAAGGAUGGCUUCAGGAAAGAGGACCAGGCCUACCUCACCUGUGGGCGGACACCUCUCCCCAGCUCUUCACAGCCCCCUUCCUCCCUUAGUAGCCCCUUCCUGGGGGAGGGGAAUGAGGGGAACUCCCCGCCGCCUUCAGAGAACACCUCCCGAGGGCUCCCCCACUUCCAGGCCUUGUGGUAAACAAAUCCUUGGGAUCCAGCGAGGACUGCCUGGUCUACACCUCUGAGUCAGGAGCCAGGGCAGGCCCAAGCUCUGCCACACACCACCCCUCCCUAGGCGAUGUGCUGGUGAUGGACGAGCUGGGCUGCCUGUGCUUCUGAGACAGCACUGGGGACACGUUCCACUGGAAGGGGAGAACGUGUCCACCAUGGAGGGCACACUCAGCUGCCUGCAGGACGUGGCCAGUGUGGCCGUUUAUGGUGUCGAGGUGCCAGGUGUGUGGGGGAAGGCAUGGGUGGGCAGGUGGAGGGUCAGCUGGCCAGUACCACCCAGGGGCUCCCUGCCACCAGCUGCUCACUGUCCACCUUACUGCCUCCAGGAACUGAGGGUCAGGCCAGAAUGGCUGCUCUGGCCAACCCCACUGGCAGCUGUGACCUGGAGCACUUUGCUCAGGUCCUGGAGAAGGAGCUGCCCCUGUACACAUGCCCCAUCUUCCUGUGCUUCCUGCCCGAGCUGCACAAAACAGGUCUCUCCCAAAACCCACUCCAACUCUCAGGUUUCAGAUCUAGCCCCUUGCAUGUUUACUUCUAGAAAAGCCUGGGUGGCUGUCAUUUGACCUUUACCCACAGCCUUACUGGGUCAUGGUAAACUGACCUCCCAUUGUAUGCGUGAGCAGACUGAGCCUUCCGGGAGAGGAGGUUCCUUCAUUUGUUAAUGGAACAAAUAUCUGUUGGGUGCCUACUAGGAACCAGUCACUGUGCUAGGCCUUGGGGAUACAGGUAAUAAGUUUUGACAGGGCCUUUGCCUUCUUGAAGGUUCUAGAGUAGUUCAUGGAGCUGUAGGAAUUCCUAAGAUAUAUGCAAUGAAGUGACCAGGCUGUCCACAAAGCAGAUGAAAGGGGUUUGGCCUACUGCUGGGAUAACUGGGAAGUUCCCCUGGAAGGAAAUGUUUAAGCUGAGACAGGAAUGCAAAGGAAGAUUUUAUGGAGGGAGGGAGGCAUUCCAGGCUGUGGGAACAGCGAGCACAAAGCUCCUGAAGCAGGAAGGAGCUUGGGAGCUGGAGGAAUGAAAGGAGGCCCCUGAAGCUGGAGCAGAGAGUGAGGGGUGGGCCGAGGAGUGUGGUGGGAUAGAGAGGCCAGCAGGGGCCAGAACCCAGGACAAGAGCUCAGCUGCUGUGUGCAGGGGAGAGGACUAUAGGUGGGGAGAGGAGUGCAAGGGCUGUCACAGACAUCUGGGUGAGAGAUGAGCAGUUUGCCCUCUCCCACCAGCAGGGCAAUGCCAUCCUUCCAGCUGUUGCUCUGCUGAGGCCUCUUGGAAGUUCUCUGGUGGGUGCCUAGAAGCACUGAGGCUUGUGCCCAGACCCUGGCCCUUCCUGGCUCUCCCCACUACUCAGCCUCUGACCACUUCUGCCUGGGUGCCUCCCAUGGGGUCCUCAUGGCAACUCCUGCCCCCUGGUGAAAGCCUUUCCCUGAUGAUCUGGCCCCUGCCCAGUAGCGGGCACCUAGGCCUCUGAAGCAGGGGGUGGGUCUUGGGCUUCAGUGUAGCCGAGGGUGGGGACGCUAGUGCUGAACUCUUGACCAAGACUGGGAGUUUCCCGAGGAUUGGAUGGCCACUGUGGCUUCUUGUCCAGAAGAGACAGGAAGCUAUCAGACUUAGGAUUUCAGAUAGGCUUUGCUGCAGAACAAACCACCACAAAACCUAAUUAUAGCCUAAAAUAAUGACUGUAUUUGCUCAUGAGUCUAAGAAUUGGGGGUGAAGCUCAGCUCAGCGGUCCUUCAGUUGGCCUCACCUGGGGUCGUGCAAAGAGCUGCAGUCAUGUGGUGACUCAGCUGCGGCUGGAAAGUCUAAGGUGGCAUUACUCCACGGCAGGCUCUCAGCUGGCGGGUUUUGCAGCAUUGCCCAACAGAUCUUUCUGAGUGAUGGAAAGGUUUCACAUGGGGUAUAUUGAGGAGAGCCGCCUGGCAGAGGAGAGAAUGCAGAGAGCAAGGAGGAAUGCGAGCAGGUUGCCCUGGGUAGGGCAGGGAAGGUUUGGGGAAUCUUCAAAGGCCACAGAGGAGUUUUGACUUGUUGGGACUCAGUGCUAUGGGCAGUAGGGAGCCAUGGAAGACUCUUGGGCUGAAAAGUGACAGCCAGACCCCAAGAAAGCAAGCCCUGCCCCUUAUGGAACAGGGUGGAUGGCCCUCUGAACAUGCCGGUGUGCAGGGAGCUGCUGCAAAUGCCUUCUGUGUGUGGGUGAGCUUCUGUGUUGUGACUCAGCCCAUGCGUGCCCUUCAGUGUGCCCAGUGGCUGUGUGCCCCAGGUCUGUGUGCAUGUACCAGCCAGUAGGGUGCUGGGCUGCUGUGGGUGGUGGAGAGGGGGCAGUAUGGAGGACACUGGGAGGUGAAUGUGUGGUAGAAAAGGGGGGGCAGGCAAGGAGGCAGGGGAGGGUCGGUAGGGAAGAAGUGGGGGCAGAGACCCCAGCCCCAGGUCACCGGGCUUUCCCUGCUAGUGUCAGGAUCUUAGAUCACUAGGAUGUUUAGGUUUUCAUUAGCCCGGUAAAAGAAGGGGAUGCAGGGAUUGUUGCCCAGGCCCAGGUGAUGUUCCAGCUCUUCCAUCUGCUCCUUCAUGGCCACUUUUUCAUCCAUGAGGUGGAUGACCCGUUCCUGGAGCCAAAAUGACAGGGUCAGGGCACAGCAGCGAUCUGCCCCCAACCCUUGUUGGUCCAUGUCAGGAGACACUCACUCACCUGCAGCUUUUCCAUGGCCACCUGUAGGGCCUGGUAGGUCUCCACAGACACGCUGUCCCCACUGGUCCUGGGGGGAGGAGGGGCCUCCGGCUCAGGCUGAGAUGAGAUCACCUGGAGUGACAAGUGCUAGAGGUGAACAUUUUGCUCCUUCAGCUGCCCCUGCAGAUGUGCAUAUUCUUUUUAGAACUGGCUACAGCCAAGUUCAGAAAAGCCACCUGCAGGCAAGAAGUGCUUGUGUGGGGGGAAUACUGAGGAAGAGGGUUACACAGUGAAGCUGAGAGGAGCCCUCCCCUCUCUGGGCCUCAGUGUGCUCACCUGUUGUUCAAUGGCUGGGGUAGUGUCUGACCCACCAGCCCCCAGGGGAGGGGGAAGGACCAAGGGAAAUCAGAGGGCAAGGAAACCAAGAGAAAAUGUUCGUCUCCUCCCAAAGUUAAGGUAACUGAUGCAUAGAGAUGUCAAAUGAAUAGUGACCAGCACAGCCCAUAUGGGAAUCCAGGUCUGACUGCAAGGAGCCUCCCAUCAUAUCACUGUCUCUUUCCCUAUAACCAGGGACUCAGUGCCUCAAGCCAGGAAAAUGACCUAUGGCCCAGGGUUACCCAUCCUAAAGUCAGAGAGCCUGGGGUAAUGAAUAGUCCCAGGCUCUGCAGGACUCUAGGGUCACUUGUCCUCCCAGGCUGGAGCUGGCUCUCUUGUCCUCCAGAACCCAACUUCAUCCCUGUUCCAAGCACUACCCAUCCCCACCUCCUGCCCUGAGGAUGGUGCCCGUCUACUAAGCUUUUGUCCAAACAGGGCAGGGGUUACCAUUUCUUUAAGUUCUGCCAGCUUUUCCUGCAGCUGACCCAGCUUCUUGGCCACCUUUUUCUUAACAUACUGUUCUCACUACAAUCUCCCUUUCUACCCCCACCUCCAAAAAAGCAAAACACACAAUCCCUUUGGCCACACAACAUAGCAAGGGAUAGGAUUCCCAUUUUACAGCUGUGUAAAUAGAAGCCUAGAAAGAUCAAGUGACCUCUGAGGGUGUUGUGUGUGUGUGUGUGUGAAAGGUCAGAGCUUAUCUCCUCACAUAAAUGCUGUACCUUCUUCUGGAAAUGGCACUCUUCUGUCAGAGCCUCUGCAUAGCUAGCUCUCUCUAAUUGCAGAGGCUUAGUGAUUCUGUAAACUGCAGGAAUGGGCCCAGAAGUUAGGAGGGGCUGUCACUGGGCUUCACCUGCUCCUGGCCACCUGGGGUUCUCCUCCCACACCCCACCCUCUGUAAACCUCACCUCCCCAACAUGCAUCUCCAGCUGCGCCCGCUCCUCCAGGGCCUGCUGUAACUGCUGGGAGCUCUCAGGGACUCCAGGCUGGAGAGGUAACUGGAUGAAGAAAAACGAGGUUAGAUCUGAGGCUGUUUCACAGGAUGCACCCCCCUCCCCAAAAGGGGUGUGAGCUAGGAUCAACUGAAACUAGGACUCAGCGAACUUCUCUACCCUCUUAUUAUUUUCAUGUAGAUCUUGGUUUUAAUAACUAAAAUCAUAUACAUUAGUGAAAAAUUCAAACAAUAUCUAAGUGUUGACAGUAAUUAUUUAAACAAGAGGGUGAUGGAAUGCAUGGGAAAUAUGUGAAGGAACUGGGGCUGUUUAGCUCGGAAAACAAGGGAUCCCACACAAGCCCCUUUCAAGUAUCUAAAAGCCUAUCCUGGGGAAGAGAGAGACAUUUCCUGGGUUGCUCCAGAGGGAAGGUACAUGAAGACGGAGUAUAUAGUUCAGUGUGAAGAAACAACUGGAGAAGAAGAGCUCUGACCCAACACUCUGACAGCCUGGUGGUUACUUAGCCAAAGUGUUGGCUUGGACCCAGGGGAAAGUAAAUAGACUGCAGGGCCAACUUUAUAAUCUCUAAAAUGAUGGAUUUCAACCAGGAUGCUUGAAGGAAAAAAGCCCUAUUCCUGAGAUUCUGAUUCUAUACGUCUGGGCAGGGCACUAUUCUGGACUUUUAUCAUUCUCUGGAGAUUCUAUAGCAGGACCAGAACAUGGAUCCAAAGUUCCCAGCUCUUGGCUGAAGGCCAGGAUGAUCCCCUAGUCCCCUGGCCCCAGCUGGAUGGGACCCAGACUCCCUAGGGCUCCCAGCCCCUCACCAGUGGCAUGCGUUCUGCCGUCUCCAGUUUGUUGCACAGCUCCUCCAUCCCAUGCUGCGUGGCUGGCUUUUCCUCGAGCAAAACCCGAAGUGCCUCUUUCAAUUUUAAGUUCUGCCGCUUCAGGUCCUCUUUGUUUUUGCUGUGGUCAGUGGCGGUGGAGAAAGGCAUGAAUAAAGAACAGAAAGGAUCACUUUGGCGAUCAACCCACCUGCCCUUGGCACAGAACUAUGCACCUGUGGCAGUGGAAGGGACCCUAGAAAUCAAAAGAUUUACAAGUGGCCGGCCAGAGAGGACAUGAGUUGUCAAAGGUGACAGAAGCUGGUGGCACAGCUGGGACUAGCCUGACUCUGCACGUUUCCAAACCUGUGCUACCCUCCUCACCAUGCCCACCUAUAGACCCCUUCCACUUACCACCACCCUCCAGGGCUAAGGUCCCAACCUGCCUUCCCCCAUCCUACCUCUCUUUAUAUAACUUCAGUUUGAGGUUUUCACACUCCAUGGUUAACUCUUUGUUGUUCUACAAACAGAAAAGUUACAUCAGCAUUUAGCAAGUGAAAGGUGCAGCCAAGAACAAAAACUAACUCUUCCUCACCCUGAAUCACACUACAUUUUUCAAAGUAUUUCUAACCCCAUGUUCUCUGCUUGCAAUAAGAACUCAGUAAGGAUGCAAGAAGCAGGUCAAGUGAACUAAUUUAGAGCUAGUAAAUGGAGUUCCAGAAAUAUCAGAUAAUAUCUGCUACUAUUGUUAUUACUAUUAUCAUCAUUGUUUGACCAGCCAACAUUUGAGUCCUUUACCAGGCACCAUGCAAACAAAUUAUAGACACAAUACCGUUUAUUCCUCACAACCACGAUAAGUGGCAGUUACUAUUAUCCCCAUUUUACAGACAGCAAACCCCCUGAAUUAAAUCCCUCGCUUAAGGUCACACAGGCAGAACUGGGAUUUGAACAUCCAGCUCUGUCUGACCCUAUAACCACAUUUUUUUUCUUGUGAAGGAGGGUAGACAUGAAGGGGGAAAUUAAAUUUGUAUUUUAACCUUUUGUUCAGUCUUUGAGUGGAUAAUACAUUCACCUGGUCUGAAGGUACAGAAGUGAAGUGUCUCCUAGUGGCCCUGUUCCUGUCCUGAGUUUUCAAUGAAUCCUUUAGGACACAUUUUAUAUGUCUUCAACCAUAGAUAAAAAUGUGAAUAUAAAUACAUACACCCCCAAUUUCUACACCAAUGCUGUUCU